GGGGGCGGGGCCGCGGCCAAGCUCCCUAGGCACUGUCGCCUGAAGCCCCCUCCCCUUGCCUUUUCGCUGCUCCCCGCUACUGCUCUCUGGCCCAGCACCACCCCAGGCGACCCUGCGUGGAGCGGAUGGUGCCCACAAGCGGAGGUGAACGCGUGCUGUGAGCAGGUGCCUGUGGAAUCUGAGGGAGGACGCUGGCGAAACCCCAUUGGCGUGCACACGGAGGCCCCUGAAUCUGGAAGCCGGAGGCAUUUCCCUGUUUGCCGGAUUGGUCAUUUAGGUUUCCAAGAGGCGAGGGGGUGCGGUAUGGACAAGAGGGAUAGGAUCAAAUCAGGAGCUGUCCCGCGGAUGCCGGCUUCACGAACCCCUGGCCUUCUGAACCCUAGGCCUCCUUCUGGGUCCGCUCGACCUCCUCCCCCUGUAACCAGUGCUGCCCUUCGAGUCUUGGAAGCAAAUGGAGCUAUGGGGCGAAGGCCCCUGGUGGAGCGAGCCCCAGGUGCCUGCAAAGCGGCUCUUCCACAGACCGGCAAAGCAGCUCUUCCUCAGUCCACUGUUCACGGGGCACCAGCGCGCAGUGCUGGGUCAGGUCCUCGCAGCCCAGCCAACAGGCCCCCAGCUUCUGGGAAAGGAGAGAGGGCCCCUAUGAAGACCUCUGGCCAGGGUUCUAUUUCUAGCCCAGGGCGUGCCAGCAGUGGGAUCGCCAGACCAGGCCCUGUUGUCCAGAAGGGACUCCAACCUCCGACUAAGGAACCUGUGGUCAGAGGUAAAACACCAGAGACGCCCAAAAGGAACACUCUGAGCUCUGGAACACGAAGAGUUUUGUCUGCAGAUUCUUUAGGGCCCACCUCAGGAGCCUCCUCCCCUGCCAUCACCCGUCGGCCCAGGGUCCCAGCUACAGAGGUGGGACUUCCUCAACCAACUCCCAGUGCCAGACAGCGUCCUCUGACCACCGAGGCACCCAGGAAACCUGUGAGCAGUGCUUCUGAACACAGUGCCACGGAGCUGAGCCCGGCCAUUAGGAGGCGCUCAGUCGCUGGUGGCAGCCAGCAAAAACCGGUCUCCCGUUCUCUGAUCCCCAGUGCUACUCCUCAGUUCUCCCCAGCCCGCUCCGGGCUCUCACCGCGUGCAACCCCACGGGGUCCUGCGCAUACCUCGCAGCUCAAGUCGAAAGGGCAGCAAGCUCUGCAUCCAACCCAGACCACAGUCCCAAGGAAGAACAGGCCCUCUGUACAGAGCCUGGUUUCUGCUUCAUCUUUAGUCGCACGCACUCCACCUGGUGCUCCCUCUGUCCAGGUCCCAGAUGAUUCCUUGCCGACCACACUCCCUCCCUCCCCACCCGCCACCCCGCCUCUACCUGCUUCACUUCAACUACUCCAAGCACCUGCUUCCUCGCAGCCAAUGCCCCAUUCACAGUCCGGACAGGGCUCACCGUUACCUUCCCCUCUUCCUCUGCAGAACCUCCCCUCUCCACCAGCUACACCCCCUUUGCUAGCUCCACCCGCAUGUCUGGGUACUGAAGAGGCCUCUGACUCACUUCCACCAAGAGCUGGAAUCUCUCCAUCGCUUCCCCCCAUCACGCAGAGUAUGCCCAACCACCAGGCUCCUUCAGCUUCGCUCCCUCAGGAACCUCUCUCGGUCACACCUUUCUCACCUGUUCCUCUCCCUCUAGCCGCGCCUCCUCCACAACUCCUUCCUUCUCCGCCAGGUUCCCCGCAGAAUUUACCCACUCCCCUUGUCACGCCCUCUAAGUUGCCUCUCUCCACUCUAACUGCUCCCCCCUCCCCGGUCAACUUUUCUGGGUCUCCUCCCCUCCCCCAGGCCACGCCCUCUAACCGAAAUACGCCGCCUUUGCAAGACCCUCUGUUUCUGGCCAUUCCUCCGCCGGUUUCUUCCUCCAGCUCCACCUCACCACCUCUGCUGGUCCCUCGCUCUUCCGUGGCCACGCCUCCUCUGAGGCUCCCACCUUCUCCGACUUUGCCCACUUCUCCGGCCUCUUUGUCGACCUCGCCGCCAGCACUGGCCUCCUCGCCCCAGCAAGCCACGCCUCCUCCUCUGCCCUUGUCCCCUCUAUCCACCCAACUCUCUAUGGGCUCACUCUCUCCGCAGGCCUCGCCUUCUUUCUCGCCUACCCACCCUGUGCAGCCACACGCUCUCCCAUCGCCUCCUUUGCGGGCACCUCCUAUUACACACCCUUUGCCUCUUUCCUCGCCCUCUGCCUCACCCCCUCUGCCGGCUCUUCUGUCCCCUCCUGCCUCACCACCUCUGGAGGACCCCCUUUCUCCCCCAGCCUCACCUUCGUCUCCCUUGGCAACUCCCCUUCCAGAAGCCCCACCUUCACUGGGCUCACCCACUCUUUCACCCCUGACCACGCCCCCUCCGCAAGCCUCACCUCCGGCCUUGCCCCCUCUGCCAGCCUCUACCUCCUCCCUGGAUACAGGCACAUGUUCUCUACAGGGUGCCCUCUUGGCUUUACCUCCUUUACAGACCUCUCCUUCUCCUCUGACAAUACCCUCUCCGCAGACCCCAUCUUCUCUGGCCUUGCCCUCUCUGCAGUGUCCCUCCUCCCCACUGGCCACAGCCACACCGCCCCUACAGAUUCCCCUUGUGGUUUUACCUACUUUACAGACCCCUCCUUCUUCCCUGACUACGCUCCCUCCGGGGGCCCCUCCUGGCUUGACCUCGCCUGUUGUUCAGCCUCCUUCUCCUCCUGCCUCACCCCCACUGCAAGCCCCGCGUCGACCCCCGACCCCGGGUCCAGAUGUCCCUAUCUCAGGUCCACGGCUGACCUUGGCGCUGGCCCCUGCCGCUCCGCCACCGCCCUCGCGAAGCCCCUCCAGUACGCUGAGCGGCCCGGACCUGGCAGGCCACAGCAGCAGUGCCACGAGCACACCGGAGGAGCUCCGCGGUUACGAUAGCGGGCCCGAGGGCUGCGCUACAAUCUCCCCGGCCCCGGAUGCGGAGCUAGCUGCCUGCCACCCAGCCUCCUGGAGUCGAAGUUCUGCUCCGCCCUUAGCAGUGAGGGGCACUCCGGGAGUUCCCCUGCCAUGGCCUCCCACUGCUGGCCCGGGUUCCUCUGACGGCCUGUGCACCAUCUAUGAAGCCGAAGGACCAGAGUCGGUGGCCCCAACCCCUGGAUCUCUAGAUGUGGAGCCAGAACCCAGGCCUGGCCCUGGCAGUGCUAAGGUGACUGCUGCAGCCUGCGCAGGAGCAUCCUCUAGAAGCCCAAAGUCGACUCGCCUUGGUGAGCUGCCGCUGGGGGCGCUUCAGGCGAGCGUUGUGCAGCACCUGCUGAGCCGGACUCUGCUGCUGGCAGCCGCGGAAGGUGCAGCAGCGGGCAGCGAAGGUGGUUCAGGAGGCUCGGGGGGUGGUGGCAUCUCUGGUGGAUCCCGGGCUCCGCUUAGCGAUGCUGAAUUGGGCCGCUGGGCCGAAUUGCUUUCUCCCCUGGACGAAUCGCGUGCCAGCAUCACUUCAGUCACCAGCUUCUCCCCAGAUGAUGUAGCCUCCCCACAGGGUGAUUGGACUGUAGUGGAAGUGGAGACUUUUCAUUGAGCCAGACCUCAGCCCUGUCCACCAUACACAUACCACUUUAGAAUCCACCCUUCUGGUUACACCUCUUUUGUCUUAGUCUCCACUCCCACUUCCUGUGAUACUUGGAUGGAUUGGUUUUUUACCUCUAGAGCCCUGUGUUUGGGCCCAGGCUGUACCCCUGUUCUUCCUUGGCUUAGGCGUGGGCCAUACCCACACCACCCCAGGCCUAGUCCUUCCAUUUGAGCUUCUCCUCUUUGGCCUAAGCCACACCCCCUUCUCCAAGGAGCCAUGCCACUCCAUAAGUUCAGUGGACAACACGAUAGUUUACAUGCUGAAUGGUUUACAUGCUGGCACCUGUGUGCCCUGCCACUCGGGAGCUGGGAGAGGAUCACAGUGGUAGUUCGAAGGGUCAGGCUACACCAUACCAGAGGUUAUGCCUGAGUAAAUUGGAGUUCUGGCUAAACUAUAGAAAAGGGCUCGCAAGAGACUGGCUACAAUGGUCUUGUGAUUUUUGGGAUCUCACUUCUAAUGAAAACGUUAGGUUCACAAAGGCCUGGGUGGAUGAACUCGAGAGCCACCGAAGUUCUUACUCUGGACAUGGGGCAGUUUGCUCUCCUGGGUACCCCUUGCUAUAGCCCCUUUGUCCUGUGUGCACCCCUUCUCUUCCAUGCCUAUGGGGGACUAACUUGCUUGGACUGAGGUGGGAACGGCUACCUAUUUUGGGUGGCACCAUUCCCUGGCUGGAAUCUUGGAUUGUGUAAGCAGAAAGCAGGGCAGCACCAUGCCUUCACUCCUCUGUUUUUCCCGAUUGUGAAUGCUAAGUGACCAGCUGUUUCCAGCUCCUAUUGCCUUGACUUUCCCGGUGAUAGACACUACCCCAAACUGUGAGCGAGAAUAAAACCUUUCUCCUCUAA